UGCCCGGCUGCAGGACGGAGAGCGGGAGGUGCGGGACGGUGCCGGCGGCUCCAGGGUGUGCGGCCCGCCACCCGUCCUUGGCGCCAUGGGAGUGAUAGGUAUACAGCUGGUCGUUACCAUGGUGAUGGCCAGUGUCUUGCAGAAGAUUAUACCUCACUAUUCUCUUGCUCGGUGGCUACUCUGUAAUGGCAGUCUGAGGUGGUAUCAGCAUCCUACAGAAGAGGAGUUAAGAAUUCUGGCAGGGAAGCAGCAAAGAGGGAAAAGCAAGAAAGACAGGAAAUACAAUGGUCACAUUGAAAGUAAACCACUGACCAUUCCCAAGGAUAUUGACCUGCAUUUAGAAACAAAGUCAGUUACAGAAGUGGAUACUUUAGCGUUGCACUACUUUCCAGAAUACCAGUGGCUGGUGGAUUUCACAGUGGCCGCCACCGUGGUGUAUGUGAUUACUGAAGUCUAUUACAGUCUGAUGAAGCCUGCGCAGGAGAUGAAUAUCAGCUUAGUCUGGUGCCUGCUUGUUUUGUCUUUUGCAAUCAAAGUUCUAUUUUCAUUAACUACACACUAUUUUAAAGUCGAGGAUGGCGGCGAGAGGUCCCUUUGUGUCACCUUUGGCUUUUUCUUCUUCGUCAAAGCGAUGGCAGUUUUGAUUGUAACAGAAAACUAUCUGGAAUUCGGACUUGAAACAGGGUUUACAAAUUUUUCAGAGAGUGCGAUGCAGUUUCUUGAAAAACAAGGUGUAGAAUCUCAGGGUCCUGUUUCAAAACUUACUUUCAAAUUUUUCCUGGCUAUGUUCUGCUCACUCAUUGGGGCUUUUUUGACAUUUCCUGGAUUGCGACUGGCUCAAAUGCACCUGGAUGCCCUGAAUUUGGCAACAGAAAAAAUUACACAAACAUUACUUCAUAUCAACUUCUUGGCACCUUUAUUUAUGGUUCUGCUCUGGGUAAAGCCAAUCACCAAAGACUACAUUAUGAACCCACCAUUGGGUAAAGAAAGUAUCCCUUUAAUGACAGAAGCCACGUUUGACACUCUGCGCCUCUGGUUAAUCAUCCUGCUGUGUGCCCUGCGCUUGGCCAUGAUGCGUAGUCACCUCCAGGCAUAUCUCAACUUAGCUCAGAAGUGUGUGGAUCAGAUGAAGAAGGAAGCAGGACGAAUAAGUACAGUGGAGCUACAGAAAAUGGUGGCGCGAGUCUUUUAUUACCUUUGUGUCAUUGCACUGCAGUAUGUGGCACCUCUGGCAAUGCUGCUUCACACGACCCUGCUUCUGAAAACACUAGGUAAUCAUUCCUGGGGGAUUUAUCCAGACUCUUUGUCUACCUUGCCAGUUGAUAACAGCCUACCCUCUAAUUCUGUUUACUCUGAGUUACCAACUGCUGAUGGAAAGAUGAAGGUGACUGCCACACAGAUCACAGUGGCACUGAACAGCUUCAAACACAUUUUCACUCCUCUGCUUUUCCGAGGACUUCUCUCCUUCCUGACGUGGUGGAUCGCUGCUUGCCUCUUCUCCACGAGCCUUUUUGGGCUUUUCUACCACCAGUAUCUGACUGUGGCGUGAAUCUCGGUUAGCAGAAGUGGAUAUCCAAUUCACACUUCAAAUCCAAGGAUGUAUGCCCUUGAAGGGCUGGCAGAAACCAGAAGAGAGCAAGUACAAAGGAAAAGGCAUAUCAGAAUAUCUGUUUUAACUGCUUCCUCUGUAUUCUCAGGGUGAAUUAAUGUUAUAAUAUGUAAAAUCACAGAAAAGAUUGUUAACUGUUACACUGUGGCAUUGGGAUUUUAACUUUAUAUUCCCUGAUGUGUGAGGGCUAAGUACAAGGGUAAUACUUCUGAUUACCUUGGUUUACAGAAACUUCCAACAGUCUUUGAAACUUCUUGAAUGACUACAGUUGUUGAUUCAUUGCUCUUGUUGGCGUUAAGGUACUGUUGAUGCUCAUGUGGCUGCCUGUAGGACACUCUUCAACUGAGCCAUGCAGUAGGGGAGGGCAAGGAGCUGAGUCCUUUCUGCUGGUAGCAUUUUAGUUGUUCGGGUGACAACUGUCAACACCAGCAGAAAGAAGGAGAUAGCUACUGUAUAUUACAGUAAAGAAAGCUGCAUAGUUUUUGAAUUUUAAUGGUGAUAUAGAUGAAUAUCUAAAAGUACUGUUACUCCAGAGUGGCAAGACUAUCAUUUUAAAAUGUGUUCCACCCCACCCGGGAGUUCCUCACAAGUCAUUGGCCAUGUGGACAUUGCCAUCUUACUGUUAAAUUGGGGCCUCUAUCCUUCCUAAAUAGUUCCCAUUAAUGAUCUAAAAAUAUUUAUCAAUACUGAUCAGAUGUCUAAAAAAUUACUUUGUAAUCCUGCUGACUACCUGUAUGUAUUGUAUAUAUAUUAUAUAUUAAAUAUAUAAUAUAUUGAGAUUAUAAAAGAUGAAAAUAUUUGAUCCUUAUAAUAUUUUAAGUUGCUGAAUGUAUAUUAAAAAGUGAUUUGAAUGAUGUGUAUUUGUAUGUAGAAAUUUUAUUUCUGUCUGGAAUGUGAUUAAAGUCCUUUUGGA